UGCAAAUGGCGUUUUGUUCGAGAAAAAGGAUACAAAUAUGGAGAUAAAAAGAGAAGGAAACAUAACGAAGCGAAGAACGAGUGUAAAAUCAAAUCGAAAUUGAGUACGAGUUCUGGUUCGGGGAUGAUGCAGCAGGCGUCUAACGGGGCAGCGGUCUCCAACGUCCCGCAGCAAAAUGGAGCUAAUUUAGACAGUAGCGAGUCUCACGCAAACGGCAACGCGGUGCCUCGCUGUGACGGCGAUGUCAAUGGAGUUAAUGGUGAGAGUAAUCAAACUCUAGAAUCGCCUAAAGUUAUGGACAAAACCAAUCAAGAUAUUGUAAGACUCAUUGGCCAGCAUUUGAAAGCAGUCGGACUUGACCGAACUGCUGAUUUGUUGAUGCAAGAAUCGGGAUGUCGAUUGGACCACCCGUCAGCGGCCAAGUUCCGCCAGCACGUAAUGGACGGGGAUUGGAGCAAAGCUGACCACGAUUUGGACGAACUCAAGUCCUUUUUAAACAACCCGAACCAGAGUGUUGUCGAAAUGAAAUUUUUAUUGCUCGAACAAAAGUACCUGGAGUUUCUCGAAGAAGGCCUUGUUUUGGAGGCGCUGCAUGUGCUUCGCAACGAAUUGACUCCUUUAGGACACAACACAGGACGUGUCCAUCAGCUGUCGGCUUUUAUGAUGUGCAGCGGGCGAGAUGAACUUCAGACACGUGCUGGCUGGGACGGCAAAGGCUCAGCAUCACGUACAGCUUUGAUGGACAGAUUACAAAGGUAUUUACCACCAUCGAUAAUGCUCCCUCCGAAGCGACUGCAGUCGCUGCUCUGCCAAGCGGUCGAGAUGCAGAAUCAGCAGUGUACCUAUCACAUUACAUCGAAUCAACCGACACUGGAGAGUGUCUCACUGCUGGUCGACCACAGCUGCAGUAAGGAACACUUUCCUUCUUACACAACCCAGGUGCUCAAUGACCACUGUGAUGAAGUAUGGUACUGUAAAUUCUCCCCGGAUGGAUUGAAACUAGCAACUGGCUCUAAAGACAUGACCCUCAUCAUUUGGGACGUCGACCCAGAGACAUUAAAAGUUACGCACAGAAAAACUCUAGAGGGCCAUACCUACGGAGUAGCUUUGAUUGCUUGGAGUCCAGACAGCAGUCACUUGAUAGCUUGCGGACCCGAGGACUGUCCGGAGCUCUGGCUUUGGAAUGUCGAUACUCCAGACUGUGAAUUGAAGUUUAAGCUGACUCACAGCACCGAGGACUCGCUGACUGCGUGUGCUUGGCAUCGCGACGCCAACAAAUUUGUUACUGGAGGCCUACGCGGACAAUUUUACCAGUGUGACAUGGACGGUAAUAUUCUUGACUCGUGGGAAGGCGUCAGAGUUAAGUGUCUGUGGUGUCGCAGCGAUGGCAAGACCGUUUUAGCUGCUGACACUCAUCAUCGUAUUCGGGGAUACAAUUUCGAUGAACUUUGCGAUUUUACAAUUCUCCAAGAGGAUCAUCCGGUGAUGUCAUUCAGCGUAAACAAGGCUGAUCGGUUGGUGCUGCUAAAUGUUGCCAACCAGGGUGUACACUUAUGGGACCUGCAGGACAGAUGCCUCGUCAGACGUUUCCAAGGCGUCACUCAAGGGCAUUUUACAAUUCACAGUUGCUUUGGUGGUGUCAAUCAGGACUUUAUUGCUUCUGGUAGUGAAGAUCACAAAGUCUAUGUUUGGCACAUUAAACGUGAACUGCCAAUUGCUGUUUUAACUGGGCACAGUAGGACUGUUAAUUGUGUAUCAUGGAAUCCAGUGUAUCAUCAAAUGAUGGCUUCAGUGUCUGAUGAUUGCACUGUACGGAUAUGGGGACCAAGAUCAGCAUCCCCGGAUCGUCCAGACAGUACUAAAACUGCCUCGCCAGACAGUAAUUCGUCGAAUGGAAGUGGCUGGCAUGAAAUGGUGUCGUAG